AUGGAGCAUCCUGUCACAUCGAGCCCCUCCUGGAACACUUCUUUCUCCAGGCUGCCAACAUUUCCAGCCUCACUCCAUCCAAAUGCUUCGAACGUGACCCCGAGCACAGCGAGCGUCCGAGCUGGGGUCGAUCUGAACCAGUCCCUGGCGCUAUGUGCUAUGCUCAUCAUGGAUGUGCUAGCGGUGGUUGGGAACCUGGCUGUGAUGAUUGUCAUCACCAAAACUCCGCAGCUGCGUAAAUUUGCCUUUGUGUUCCACCUGUCUCUGGUGGACCUGCUGGCAGCGCUGGUGCUGAUGCCUCUGGGGAUGGUGUCAGACCAGAUCCUGGUGGACGAGGCGCUGUGUCGGAGCUACCUCUGCCUGAGUGUGUGUCUAGUGAGCGCUGCCAUCCUCACCAUCUGUGCAAUAAACGUGGAGCGCUACUACUACAUUGUCCAUCCCAUGCGCCACGAGGUGAAGAUGACGGUGGGGGUGGUGGUGGUGGUGGUGGUAGUAAUCUGGAUUAAAGCUGUUGUCAUGUCGUUGCUGCCACUCUUGGGAUGGCUGCUCCAGGGGAGCCAGGGUCUGGGGUCUCCUUCUGUCCUCAUUCCCGGUCAGAGACACUGUUCCCUCCACUGGACGGGAGGCAGGACCAUGCGCCUGCUUUUCAUGGUCUUUUUUACAAUUAUUUAUUUUCUGUGCCCCAUGAUGAUCAUUCUCGUGGUCUACUGCAACAUGUUCAAGGUGGCACGAGUAGCAUCCAUGCAGCACGGCCAUCUCCCCACCUGGAUGGAUAUGCCGCGACAACGGACCGAGUCCAGUAGCAGCCACUCCACCAUGGCAGCUAGCCUUGGAGGAACUGGUGCCCGGACCACCCCUCAGAGAACCUUCAAUGGUGGGAAGGCUGCGGUGGUCCUGGUGGCAGUAGGAGGCCAGUUCCUCUGCUGCUGGCUGCCAUAUUUCUCCUUCCACCUCUACUCUGCCGUGCUGUCUACCUCUCCCACAUCGUUUGCCCAUCUGGAGGACUUGGUCACGUGGAUUGGCUAUUUCUGCUUCACCUCCAACCCCUUCUUUUACGGCUUCCUAAACCGUCAGAUUCGUGAGGAACUGGGCCGGCACCUGGCUUGCCUCUUCAAGCGGGCCGGGCCCAGCGAAGGGCAGCAGCUGCCCAGCCGUGAGGCCUCAAUUGAGGAAAACUUUAUGCAGUUCCUUCAGGGCACAGGAUGCAAUCUGGAGCCCUGUAACUCUCACAGCAGAGCCAGCCCAGAGGAGCCAGGGACAGAGUUCGUUCAUGAAUCAGCUGUUCAGCAGAUCAUGCCAGCUGACUUCCAUAUCCCAGGGCAGAUCCUUGAGGAGACUUCAGAGUUCAUUCCACAGCAACAGCUGAACAAUGAACUACAUGUAUCAGAGAAGGAGAACUGCUGGAAGACUGUACUAGAGCUGUAG